AUGCGCUGGAAGCAACUAACUGAGUGCGAUGGAGAACAACGAGGAAACGGAGUGCAUGGGACUAUUGGCGAGAUUUGUCUGGUCACGGCCCCCAGAGCAAAGCAACUUUCCAAUGAAGCAGACCAGCUUGCUUCAACCCUGCGGUCACUGGGUGGUGCAAGCCCUGGUUCAUCCAAGGACUGGGAUGCUGAGGACGAUGAACGGGCGCUCCAGCGUAGUGAUUGGCCGUUGCGGCCUGCAAUUGACGACAGCGCCGUGAUCACACUUGAUGUCGUGCAGCUGGAGCGAUUGCCGGAGUGCUUCAGCCGAAACCUGAGAGAGACGGGGGUUGAGUUGGUGCUGAGCGGGCGAGGAAUAAUGAUGGCACUCGUCGAACUACAUUACCCAAAGGAAGAGCAAAUAUUAGCCCCCAAAUGUACUCCUGCAUAG